AUGAAAGAUAUGAUGGCUGAUAGGAAUACGUAUACAAUUUUGAGAAAUGACCCAACAAAUAAAGUUCAAAGUAAGAAUAACAAUCUUGUAAAGUACUUGUUCAGUAACCAAAUUAUUAAUGAAACUGAAAAGAAGUGCAUGACAACUUAUACUGCUAAUAGUCCGAAAAUAUAUGGACUCCCUAAAAUUCAUAAACCUAAUAUUCCACUUAGGCCAAUUUGUUCAUCCAUAAAUGUCCCAUGUUUUGAAUUAUCCAAAUACAUGGUUAAAAUUUUAAAUAAUAUAACUUUCAACUCUAAAUACAAUGUUAAAAACGCUUCAUCAUUUAUUUCAACUGUCUCACCAGUUAUUUUAGAACAGGAUCAUAUCCUUGUUUCGUUUGAUGUUGUUUCUUUAUUUACUAAUAUUCCUAUCCCAUUAGUAUUAGAUUUAGUUGAGAAGAGUUGGGAUAUUAUUAAAGAUCAUACAAGAAUUCCAAAAUUGAAAUUCUUAGAAAUAUUACGUUUUUGCGUAAUAGACAACAAUUAUUUAGAAUAUGAUAAAAUAUUUUAUCAACAAAAACAAGGAGUUCCUAUGGGAAGUCCUGCUUCUCCAAUAUUAGCAGAUAUCGUAAUGGAGGCUUUACUAGACAAUGUUUUUGAUAAAAUUCCCAAUAAACCAAAAAUAGUUACAAAGUAUGUUGAUGAUAUUUUUAUUAUUCUUAAAUCUAGUCAUGUUGAUUCAACUCUAACUGCAUUAAAUUCAUUUCAUCCGAAAAUUCAGUUCACAGUUGAGUUUGAAAAUAAUGGAAAACUUCCAUAUCUUGAUGUGCUAGUGAUAAGAAGAAAUAAUCGAUUAAUAUUUGAUUGGUAUAAGAAACCAACAUCUUCAGGUCGUCUUAUUAAUUACAAUUCUAAACAGCCUAAACAAGUUAUAAUCAAUACAGCAAAAAAUUUCGUUAAUAGAGUAUUGAGUAUUAGUGACAUUGUCUUUCGCGAAAAAAACAUUAAAAUAAUUACGGAUACUUUACUUUCCAAUUCCUUUCCUUUGAAUAUAAUACGAACAUUAUUGAAUCAAUACUUCAAUCCUUUGGUUCAGACAAAUUUAGUAACAAAUGUUACACAAUUUUCUUACAGAAGUGUUCAAUAUAUUCCUCAUCUUUCAAAUAGAAUUUUAAACGCUCCUAUAAGAAAUAAAGAAAAUGUUCGCAUUGCUUUUAAGUCGGCAAAUAUCCUAAGAACUUCAUUGUUUUCGAAUUUAAAAGGAGAUGGGACAAAUUCUUGUCCUUCAGUUUAUGUAGGUACAUCAAUGCAAAAACUAAAGAAUCGUAUAGCUGGCCAUAGAUCUGAUAUAAAUAGCGGAAAUUCGCAAAAAACAGCUUUAGCUUUGCAUUGUAUUGAUGAGGGUCAUAGACCAAAUUUCACUGACGUAGAUAUUUUAGACACAGAAAAACAUUAUAGUAAGAGAAUGUUAAUUGAAAUGUUACAUAUAUUAGAUACCGAUAAUACGGUAAAUAGAAGAUCUGAUUGUGAAGGACUUAGUAAUAUUUAUAGUCAGUUUGUUCAAAGGAUAAAUUUAGCUUAA